AUGGCUUCAAAUUUUCUAAUCGAUUUGAACGAACUCCCUUACGACGUAGAAGAUGAAGUGCCGAGAUCUUCAGAGAACAUUAUAGUCGAGCUAAAUGUUGACGACAACCCAGAAAUUGGAUAUCCUGUUAUCGAGCUCGACUUAAAUCAGUUUUUCGAAGAUGAUGGCGAAGCUAGGUCCGAUUCAUCUAUGGAAAAGAUAAUUGGCCAGCAAGCCAAUGAUGGAGAAGGAAAUAGAGACAUAGAAGGAGUACUUCAAGGGCACGUAAUACCGGGUAGACAAGAGAUUUUCAAUGAAUUUGACGGUGAGAAUGGUGAAGCAGGGGAAACAAGCCAAGGCAAUGUUCAAAGGAGAAAGAACAGGAUCCUAACUGACGUUGAACGGUGGGCAGUUUACCAUGCUUUGUUGGAAAAAAGUGUAAAUGGUAAAUUGAAAAAAAACACAAUUAAAGAAGUGAAAGAUAUGUUCAAUAUUGAGCUGCGAACAGUUCAAAGAAUAUGGAAAAUUCACAAGAGAACUUUACCGUGCUCAGAUGUGGAUGUUUCGUCGAGGAAGGCACGGAACUGUGGUCGUAAACGAAUUGAGGUAACGGUUCGAUUGGAGGUGGAUUGGAAGAACUUUAGUGAU